CUAAAUAGUCAUUGGAUGUUUGGAAAGACAACUUCUACAAUGAGGAUUCUCAUAGCACUAGUCCUCCUGAUGGUGCCAGCUGUUUUGGGCGGUACUAGAUUCAGGGAACUGUACCAACAGAUUGAGGAAGAUUUGAAAGGGGACAUGUUUCGGGAUGCCAAAGAUGAUCCAUCUGAUGACGACUGGGGCGAUAAAAAAGCCUGGGAAGAGAUGAAAGGUUGGGGCGAGAAGAGAUCUCGAGGUUGGGGAAAGUCAAGAGAUGAUGACGAUGAAGAUGCUAAAAAAGAUUUGGUCGCUGACUUUAAACAAUUUGCCAGACAGCAAGCUAUGAAGGAGGCUGAAGAGAAAGAAGCCAAAGCAGAAGUUUACCGUCAGAUGGAAAGAGUUCAGAUGAAAAAAUAUCUGUCAGAGAAAAUGGAAGAACUAACUGAGAACUUUGAAGCACAAAGGAUGAAAUUCGUCUUUCAGACCACAGUACACUUUCUGUCUCUGUGCCAGGGCGGCAGCAAUGCUAAAGAAAUGUUAGAAGAAUUGGACGGUGGUCAGCUGGGAGACAAUGUGAAGAUCUCAAUGAAUGAUACAUUCAGUGGUAAUGACACCUCAAUGGCAGGAGACACUGAAGGGUCAUUCGAUGGGACACACCUGAAAUGGUUUGCAGAAAUGGACAAACCAACUAAGAUCAAAUACCUUCUCUUUGGCUACAUGAUGUCCAUGUGUGGUGCUGCACAACAAAUGACCGGAGAAAUACAACUGCUGCAACUGAAAAUCGACCAGUGCAGGCAAGGAGUCGCACCCUGUGGAGACUUGGUUCCAUAGAUGAUGACGACCUACACAACUAGAAGUGAGACAGCGUCUUCCGAAAUUACAUUCAAGUAUUGGCUUACAAAUCACAGCUUUUCAUCCAAUUCAUUUUUUUAUAUACUUUAAAUUUCUUUUUUUCACGAAUCGAGCCAUUACAUUUGUUUGGUUAGUCAUGAUUUAUUUUCAGUAUUCAACAUCAAGACAUGCUUUAGUUGUUUUAAAAUCAUUUGUGAAGAAAUUAUUUAUAUACUGAUUAUGUGUACAGUAGGCCUAAUUGUGUGUGCAGUUUCUAAAAAUAAACAAAGUAUUAAA